AUGGAGGGUAUUAAACUAGAUUUGACGAUUUUAGAAUCGCGAAUGCUUGCCGCAGUGUCUGAAAACGAGCAUGAGUCGGAUAUUAUCUCGCUAAGAGUAAAACCAGUAGAUAUGGAAGCCGUUGUACAUAAUCAAGACGAAAUUAUUUCCCGACUUAGCGAAGAAAAUCUAUCCUUUAGUCAAGGUUAUUGA